AUGGAUACAAUUAAUGGCGCUGGGCGUAAAGAGGACAACACGCUGCCACGGCAGUACUUACGCAUGAUGUUCUACACCUUCUAUCAGCCUUAUCUAUUCUCUCUCAUUGUUCUUUACGAAGAUUUUGAAGAGCAAAUGAUGAGCAGAAAGGCAAAAGAGAGGAAUUGGAAAGAAUGUAUUUUCUUCGCAAUAAGAAUCGCAUUCUGGUGGACGCUUUUGGAAGUGGCACUGCACUUUUUCUAUCAAGAUGCUAUAAUGAAACACGUCGAGUAUGCUAGUACGCUACCCAAGAAUCAGCUGUUCUCAUUAGCUUUGACCUUAGGUGAGUUCUACUUUUUAUUUCAAGGAAAUUAA